AUGACAGCAUUUAAAUACUCUAUUGCAAUUGUAGUAUUGGUUGUAUUGUUAUCUUGUAAUGUGGAAGCACAAAGAACGAUGCAAUUUAGAACAUCGAUGAAUUGUUAUAGAGAUGGUUGUGAUUUCAACUCUCCUUCCAAUUGGGUUGGAAGUGUUGCACCUAGUCUACCAACUGAUACUGCUGUCAUUGAUUAUAGAGGUACAAAUCCUCUUUCUGGUGGUCAAGUCCAAAAUAUCUAUUCAAAGGCAUCACACUUGCAAAUCGGAUCGUUGACUGUACUCUCUGAUGAGAACAGUCCAAUCGUUUUGGUGGAACUAGGCAAUGUCAAUAUUGCCGGUAACUUGACUAUUGGCACCUUUGUGACAGUUCAGCCAGCCAAGAAAUCAACCCUCACCGUUGCUGGCAACCUGACAAUUCUCUACGGGGGCAGUAUCUAUACUGAAUACCAAGUGACUCUCUCUGUACUUGGAUACUCUAUUUUUAACCAAUCAACCGUCCAAAUACAACCUUCAUCGUACUUUACAUCGAAUGGUGCAUACUUUUUGGGCGGUCAGUUCACCCUAGAGACACAGUCUACCAUGGCACUCUACGGUAACACUGUUAUCAACAACUCUCAAGUGACUACGUAUGACUAUAGUGUCGUGCAAGUCGAUAACCUCCUCCUGACUAAUCGCGGGUCUCUACAAGUCACUGGCAACUUUUUGGCCACUGGUAAUGUCCAACUCAGCCUCUAUUCCUCCAUUCAACUCGAUUUCAAUAGCUCCAUUUUCAUCGGACGUGGUGCAUCCGUCACACUUGGCGAGCUCGAUAUCCAAGGCUCACUCACACUAUCCGACUAUAUCCCAUACACUGAUAUUAUCGGCCCGGGUAGUAUCGCACAACUCAUUCUCAACGCUCAAAAGAAGGGGAUCCCAUCACAGAUCACAGCUUAUAUUGGUGAUGUAGACAUUGGAAACAUCACUUCGACCGGCACACCAACAACCGCUGACCUCACCUUUGACGGUACCAUCUCGUCUAUUGGCAGCACACCCGUCUCGAUCAACAACGCCAUCAUCACUGUCUCCAACAGUGCAAACCUCAAUAUCACAGGCUCUGUAUCUCUCAGCGGACCAUUAUCACAAAUUGUCAUUCAAAAUAGAUGUUCAUUUUCGUUGUAUGGUGCUAAUUUAACCUCACCAAACAUCACAACUGGAGCAGACUCAUCGGUCGAGUUGGUUGGUGCAAGUAUCUAUACUGGUGACCUGCACAUUAAUGGUGGCAGCAGUCUACUCGUCAGCAAGUCAUCUAUCAUCGGUAACGUCUAUGCCGACAGCACCAAGGUUGUGCUCGGACAAGGGGUUGAGAUUUCAGGAGGUGUCUAUCUCACAACACAAUCCUCUAUCAAUCUCGCCGUUGCCUCAUUAUCCACCUCACCCACCUCUGCAUCCAUCUCUACACAUGCACUAGAGUUGAAUGACGGGUCACUCUCACUCUGGGUACAAGACCCAACACAACUCCAAGUUGGAUCAACCUACUAUCUUGUAUCAAGCGUUGGCAACAUCCUUAUCAACCCAACUCAAUGUGCCAUCAGUUUCACUCUACCAAACAAUCUUUCCUAUUCAUUCCAAGUCACUCUCCAAAAUGACAUUAAUUAUUUAGUUUUUAAUGUUGAAUCAAACUAA